AUGAGGUUCACUUACCUUCGUGCGGUCCUCGUUAGCGUGCUGCUUCUCAACCAUUCUUGUCACGCUGCAGGCCUCGAAAAAUCAAAGGCGGACGCACUCGAAGCGCGAGGCGAGCACGACAAGGCCAAACGCCUUUUGAGAUUGCGCGGUGUCGACGACGCCGAUCAAGAUGAAAGAAUGGCACGUAUAUAUCCGGGCCAUCCGACGCCGCCCAAAGACUUCGGUAUCGGCCCAAAAUUUCUUAAGUCCCUGCUCAUCUCGUUGAAGCUAUGGCAGUCUAAGGUUCCGCGCAUUGGCUGGGACUCCAUCAUUCGUUCUUCUUCCGACAUCGAGCGUCUUCAGCUUUCGUGGAAAGCCUUCGAGAACCAUGGGACGUAUCAGUCGGUUGUGGACGACGUUUUACGCCAUGUAUCGUCGAUGUCGUCGAUGUCGCCGACGUCACCGACGUCGUCGCUAUUGGAGAAGCAGCUUUAUGACGAGCUCAUCAUGGUGGAUUCUAGCAAAGCGAUGGUCACGCUCGAGCUCUUACAGCGAUUUCCAGAGACGACGGUCUUGGCGCAGAAUAUCGAGCAGCGAUUUUUUGCAGAGUAUGGCGGCUACGACUCGGAAACUCUCCGCCAAAAGCUUUAUUUGCCUCUCAAUGACAGAAUGCAGGACGGGCUUCACGUAAUUGAGCAUUACAUGCAGAACUUUAUUGCGAAGUUUCGUAUUUGGCAAUUGAAAAACCAGCCGCCGUUACAUACUAGCACUUGA